AUGGAAAAGUUCCGUGUGCUUUUCCAGCACUUCCAGUCCAGCUCGGAGUCAGUGAUGAAUGGCAUCUGCCUGCUGCUGGCCGCGGUCACCGUCAAGCUGUACUCCUCCUUCGACUUCAAUUGCCCCUGCCUGGCGCGCUACAAUGCCCUCUAUGGCCUGGGCCUGCUGCUGACACCCCCACUUGCCCUUUUCCUCUGUGGCCUCCUUGCCAACCGGCAGUCCGUGGUGAUGGUUGAGGAGUGGCGCCGGCCCGUGGGGCACCGGAGGAAGGACCCUGGCAUCAUCAGGUAUAUGUGCUCCUCUGUGCUGCAGCGAGCGCUGGCUGCCCCCCUUGUCUGGAUCCUCCUGGCCCUCCUCGACGGGAAGUGCUUCGUGUGUGCCUUCAGCAGCUCCGUGGACCCCGAAAAGUUUCUGGACUUUGCCAACAUGACCCCCAGCCAGGUGCAGCUUUUCCUGGCCAAGGUGCCCUGCAAGGAGGAUGAGCUGGUCAGGGACAGCCCCGCGAGAAAGGCAGUGUCUCGCUACCUACGAUGCCUGUCACAGGCCAUCGGCUGGAGUAUCACCCUGCUACUGAUCAUCCUGGCUUUCCUGGGCCGCUGCCUGAGGCCCUGCUUCGACCAGACGGUCUUCCUGCAGCGCAGAUACUGGAGCAACUACGUGGACCUGGAGCAGAAGCUCUUCGACGAGACGUGCUGUGAGCAUGCGCGGGACUUCGCGCACCGCUGCGUGCUGCACUUCUUUGCCAACAUGCAGAGCGAGAUGCGGGCACGGGGGCUGCGCCGGGACACCGCGGACAGGGACCCCGAGCCCCCCGUGACGCCUGGGCCCCAAGAUGGCCUGGACGGCGGCGGAAGCGGGAAGGCCCACCUGCGUGCCGUUUGCAGCCGGGAGCAGGUGGACCGCCUCCUGAGCACCUGGUACUCCAGCAAACCGCCACUCGACCUCCUGGCAUCCCCUGGGAUCUGGGGGGGAAGGGGAGGGCUCAACCACCGCGCCCUCACGGUGGCCCCAGGCACCGGGCUGUCCCAGCACACCGACGUGUAG